AUGAAAAACUUCCAGUUACAAACUCUACAGAAACAUCUGGAUGAAAUAAACAAGACAAAGUCUAAAAUCAAGGAUGAAAUUGAUUCAGUGGAAAUUGCUAUAGACUGUAAUGACUUGUCCAAACUCUUAAGUGCCACAUCCAAUGUCCAAAUAUAUAGAAAUCUUCCACAAAAAAUUAAGGUAUCUUUUCCUCAAUUCACUUCAAGAUAUAUCCAAGGAAAAUAUCUCAGAAAAUAUUUUGGAACCUUAUCACUAAGUUAUCUUACUUUCGAUACACAUGGCUACAGCAUGAAGACUUCACAAAAAUCACCAGAAGCUGGAUCCUCUCCUCCAGUCAAACAGCUGCUUGAUCAACCAAAGACUAUCAAAACCAUAGACACUGGGUAUGAAAGUUACUAUGUAACCUGUGUGAGUGAUGAAGAGAUCUUGACAAGUGGAUAUCCAAAAACCUUGAAACUCCACAUCAUCAAUCAGGGAUCACUACUCAAGUCAUUCACAACAAAGUCAGGAAAGUGGCCACCUUGUAUAGCAGUGACAAAAAGUGGAGAUCUAGUUUAUACUGAUUAUGAUGACAGAACUGUGAACAUUGUGAAGAAUAAGACGAUAGAGGUGAUCAGACUACAAAACUGGAGACCUCGUUGUGUCUGUAGUACCUCCUCUGGUGAUCUCCUGUUAACCAUGCACAGUAAUGAUAACAAACAAACAAAAGUUGUCCGUUACUUUGGCUCCACGGAAAAACAAACCAUACAGUUUGAUAAUGAAGGUAAACCUCUCUAUUCACCCAAUAGUAAUGAAAUAUUAAUAAGUGAGAACAAGAACCUGGAUAUCUGUGUGUCUGACAAUAUAGCUAAAGCGGUAGUGGUGGUCGAUCAGGCCGGGAAACUGAGAUUCAGGUACACUGGACACACUCCUGCUCCAAAGAAUGAGCCAUACAAUCCACAAGGAAUCGCCACAGACAGUCAGUGUCACAUUCUCACUUCUGAUUGGGACAACGGCUGUGUCCAUAUCAUAGCCCAGGAUGGACAGUUCCUCCGAUAUAUAGAAUGUGAACUUAGUUAUCCCCGGGGAUUGUGUACAGAUACAAAUGACAAUCUGUUUGUUGCUCAAUGGGUAAACAAACAAGUGAAGAAAAUCAAAUAUCUACUGUGA